AAAUUAGUGUGGUAAAUUUUUUAUGGAAGUUUUUUGUCAAGUCUAAUGGAUAGAGUUAGAUAAAUAUUUUACCUGAUCUUGCUAGUAAAAAUACCUGAUUAUAUAAAAAUAAAACUAUAUCCGUUAAUGUAUAUUAAUUUCCUUAAUUAGACGGUGAAAUUCUGAUUUCUCACUAUUACAAUGUGAAUCUAUAAAGGACUCUUUAACAUUUAUAAAAUCUAAUUUGGAUAAAACACCUAAAGUUUUGUUCAUAUCCUAACACACUAACAAUCUUAUAUAAAGGGGUUAGAAUUUUUUAUUUUAACAAUUGUAAGUGUCAUGAAGAUGUUAAACAACAACAUGACUUCUUCAUAUUUGAGAUUUAGGGUGUUUUUUCAAAUAAUUUUAGUAAUAUAUUUAGGUUCAUUAUUAUCAUGUAAUAGUGAGAAAUCAGCAAUUGGAGAUCCAGGAAUGAAAAGGGAUAAUUUAAGAGUAGCAAUAGAGGCAUGGAAUCAAUGCAAUGAAGUUUAUGAAGAAGCUCCUAAUAUGGGAAGUCCUAGACAUGCUGAUUGUUUUGAUCUCCAAAAAUCUAAUCAUAGGACAAAGCUGGUUCACUUGGUGAAUGAGCUUGAUAACAAGCUGAGCAUAAAUGAUGCCAAAAGCUUAGGACAAGAGAACCUGAAUGUGGAUACAUAUGCAGCCUGGAAAGAGUUGUUCUUAGGAUACAAAUGCCAAGUUCAAGAUGAACCAAAUCCAUGGAACUUUUGGAUGAUCAUGCUCAAGAGUGGCAACAUGGACAGUACAGCUGCUAUUUGUCCCAAAAAUGGCAAACCAUCUCAACCAUUCCCGCAAGAUUCGCGAUUUCCAUGUUUUGGAAAAGGUUGCAUGAACAUGCCUAGAAUAUACCAUGAUUAUAGCACAUUACAUAGCCACAAAGAACAUCCAAAGAUGAGUAAAUUGAAGGGUGGUUUUCAUGGGACUUGGGAUUUGGAUGCUGAUAUGAGUAAGGCAAAGACUCAGAAUGAUACCUCAUUUUUCUCUGUCACUUGGCAUAAGACUCUUGGAAAAGGAAGUUGGAAAUUUCAUCAUGUGUUGAAGACUUCAACAAAGUACCCUUGGUUGAUGCUUUACUUGAGGUCUGAUGCAACUACUGGAGUUUCUGGUGGAUAUCAUUAUGAAACAAGAGGCAUGUCAAAAAUGGUCCCAAAGUCACCAAAUUUCAAAGUGAGGUUCACACUGGAUGUGAGGAAAGGUGGUGGUCCAAACAGCCAAUUCUAUCUAAUGGACAUAGGUAGCUGCUGGAAGAACAAUGGUCAGCCUUGUGAUGGAGAUGUCACCACAGACGUAACGCGUUACAGUGAGAUGAUCAUAAAUCCUGAUACUGAGUCAUGGUGCAACCCAAAAGGGAAUUUGAAGCUGUGUCCACCUUACCAUACUUUUGCAAAUGGAACUCGUGUUCAUCGGACUGAUGAGGCGAGAUUUCCCUAUGAUGCUUAUCAUUUGCAUUGCGCCCCGGGCAAUGCAAAGUAUCUUGAGGAACCAUUCACUAUCUGUGAUGAAUAUAGCAACCCUCAAGCUCAAGAAAUACUGCAGAUCUUGCCUCACCCUGUUUGGGGUGAAUAUGGAUAUCCAACUAAGAAAGGGGAGGGAUGGAUAAGUGAUCCAAGAACCUGGGAACUUGAUGUUGGUAGACUCUCAGAGUCACUUUACUUCUAUCAGGAUCCAGGCAGUAAACCAGUUGAGAGGCAUUGGCCAUCUAUUGAUCUGGGAACUGAGAUAUAUGUUAGCAGCAAUCAACUUGCUGAGUGGGUCGUUAGCGAUUUUGAUAUCAUAGUUACAGAUGAAUAGUUUCACUUUUUUAU